AUGACCAAGCUUCUUCGCUUAACCCUUAUCGCCUUCGCCGUUAUUGCACUUGCAAAUGUCAUUGUGUCAAUACCACUCCCGUUCAAUGAAAGUCACUUGAACAAAAGGCUGAUUCCAAUCAACGGGGACCGCCACGUAGUCAAUUGCAAUGGAUGGAAGAGAUGUCCUCCUCACCUUGGUGGUGGUUCCAAAGGUGGAACCAACCCCGAUCCACACCCGAUCGAUGAUAAUAAUAACGAUGGUGGAGAUGGCGAACCUGAUUCGUCAUAA